AUUAAUGUGCGGGUGACCACCAUGGACGCAGAGCUGGAGUUUGCCAUCCAGCCCAACACCACCGGCAAACAGCUCUUUGACCAGGUAAGCAAGGGCCUGGACUCAAUACAUGCUGAGAUUUCACAUAACUUAAUAAAACCUAAUAGAACUGUAGUAUGAAACAUCUCAUGGAAGAUCAAGUGGGUGCUUGACAUUGGUCCUGGAUGAGGAUAAUUCCUCCCUUACUUUGUUAGUAUUAUCAUGGAAGAUCAAUCAGUCUUUUGAUAUACACAGUCCUGAUUGACAUGUGUAGUCAGUUACUGUUGUCAUAGUAUCAGUACUGUUCUCCUGUCAUAAUGGUGCAGCUUUACUGUGACUGACAGCCAUGCCGUAGCAGCACGGACCCCCCAUGGAGGGUUUCCCCUGCAUCCAUAUCCACCCAUUGCAGUAUUGAUGUCCCUGGCUGAAAUAUUCAUAUGAUAUAAACAUCUAGCUAGCUGGGGUAAAACUGGGGCCUGCCCUGGUCCUAUGGUUCAUGCAAAGGAUUUGUCCCACGAGGGCCACCUCAAUGGGUUGAGAGUGGAGACAAUGUCCCCAAUGAAUUACAUCGUUGUCAUGGUUAUACUGAAGCUUCAGAGCUUUGAGGGUGCAUUGAAGGUCUUUGAAAGACAGACUGUUUUCGGGAUCUUUAUAGUUAGCUAGAUUCGUUCUGCAACUUCUCAGCCGGACACUGGAGGAUGAUGAUGAUGAUGAUGUAAUGUCCAAGCCUAAUUUCUAUCCCUGUUGAGGUUCCAAUGAGCCUGUGAAUCUACUCUGUAACACAUGUUAACAAUAUCACCUUGGACAAGAAACAGUACCAGAGCAUUUGCUCACAAACAGAAGCUGGAGAGUGUUUAGGAGGGCUGAAGAACUGUAGUGAAUGAGACCAUUGACAUGUGCAGGCAGGUGGCGACUGUCCUGGACUGUGUCCAGCUGUCUUCUCACACUUCAGUGUGUGUUUUGUAUUCCCAGUGUACACACAGUCCAUUUCCAGGGAUUCAGCAGGAGUUAUGGCCGUCCGCCUCUUUGCCUUCCUCAGCAGUAACAGGCAGAGUGAAUCUAAGUAGCUUGUUGCUGCGUGUCGACUGGCUGGCCUAUUAGUCACCCUCCCAGAGUUUAAUGGCGAGUCCAGGGCCCAUUAUGGAGAAGUUAUGCCACAGUGGGCCAAUCGCUUACGAGGAGCCUCCAGUCAAGCAGAGGCUAAAACGUACCAUCACGCCCCUCUUAAUCUCAAUUAAACCUGCAUUGCAGUAUUUAUUUACACUGUAGCGUGUGAGCCUAACUUUCAUCCUAGUCACAUAAAAUCUGAAAACGUUGUCAUUAAACAAAUGCUUGCUAGCAUGUUGCAUUCAAUAUGACUUUUCACGUGAGAAAUGUAUGACUUUCUCAGUAAUCCCACCCUCCAAACUGUUUAAUGGUGGAGUAUUGUCUGAUGAUGUUAACAGGUGGUGAAGACGGUGGGGCUUCGAGAGGUCUGGUUCUUCGGACUGCAGUACGUGGACAGCAAGGGUUACAGCACAUGGCUGAAGCUUAAUAAAAAGGUGAGUCCUCUCUCAUUCGCUCUUGUGUUUUCUCUUGGUUUCUCUAUCUCUUCUCUCCCACUCUCUCUCUCUGUUUCCAGAGCGGCUGCCAGCAGGCAGUCAGUUUGAGCUGGUUAUUAGGCUGCGGUCAGGGGGCCUCAGAUGUGCACUUUCACAGGCUUCCUGUCACACUCAGGCCAAAGACCCUCCGACCAAAAAAUAACUGCUCUGAAGUGCCGUAAAAGACAGAGCGGGGGGGGGGGGGGAGUGUGAGUGUGUCAGUGUGUGUGUGUGUGUGUGUGUUUCUUGUUGGAACUAGUCCAGUAGUCGUAGAGCAGUGUGGUUCUGUCAGGGUGAUCUACAACAGGAUUUCUUUUUAACAGUUGUCUCCAGUGGAAAGUAUUCUGAUUCUAGGCCCCGGAGUCUGGGAUGUAAGCGGCUGUAAAAAGGGUCCAAUCCUAUCACUAAUUAGGACAAGAUUAGAUAAUAGAAGUUUGUUCAUACCUUUAUGGCUUCAUAACCAACUUCUAUGAUUUACCUUUAUAGCCCAGCUUAUAAAGCUUAGAUUGUAAAGCUUCCGGAUACUCCAAGUAUCUCAAUAAUCAAAGACGGAUGCUUACUGUGCAUGCAUCUUAGCCAGCCACGUUUUCCCCUGUCAAUGCAGAUAAGGGAGAAGAGACUAGGCGAUCGAAGGCAUUUCAGACUACUGAGACUCGUCUAGUCUACCUCUAGUGGUCUUGUUGUGUCUGUACAGGGCUUUAAGUGUGUUGUCCUUGUCCCCUCCAGGUGACAGCCCAGGACGUAAAGAAGGAGAACCCUCUGCAGUUUAAGUUCCGGGCCAAGUUCUUCCCUGAGGACGUGUCUGAGGAGCUGAUCCAGGAGAUCACACAGAGACUCUUUUUCCUGCAGGUAACUGACUCUAGCUGUGUUCGAAUACUCAAACUAACCGCACUAACCUUACUAUUUGUGACGUAAAUUGAGAAUGUAGUAUGCUUAUUGGUCAUAGUAUGGAUAUAUUUAGUAUGCCAGAAGUUCCCGGAUGUCGUACUACAUUCGCCAAAAUACAAAGUGUACAAGCAGUGGACACUAUUUUCAUGCUUUUCCUCAGAAAAUGGGCAUGGCUUCACAACAUUUUCAGAUUUGAAGAAAAUGGCAGAAAAUAUGCAGCCAAAGUCCAAUGAGAGCGGAUACAAAUUGAUUGCUUUAACUAAUUAUGACAAAUGUUAAGAAAUGUUGAGCAAUGUAAUAAUUAAUUUUUCAAAUAAGUUACGUUGGCUGACAAUUUGUUAGGUACGCUAGCCUUACAGCAUAUAAAUACAGCAGGUGCUUGUAUGUACCGGUAUGUUAGCUAUCUGCAUAACGUUAGUUGGCUACUAUUACAUCGAACUUGCCAGUAUAUUAACUAUAUGCUAUCUAACUUAACGACCCAACGUUUAUUGACUUGAUUAUUCAUGUCAUGCUUAGCUAAGUGUAUAGUCGUUGUGCGUUCUCAAUUGACAUUGUUAAUGAGGUCGUAAGAUGUCUAGCUAGUAAUUAAUAACAAGCUGGGGGGGGGGUGCUGGUCUAGGAUUCUAAGUCAUCAGUAUUCUAAGUCUUGACAGUCAAAAACAGACAUACUCGUAGUAUCUUAAUGCCAAAUCCUUCCUAGGUUCAGUACUCAGUGGGCGAGGUGAGGUCACAUGACCAAUACUUUAUAUUUCUCUCUUUCUGUUUUCCUCUCUCCUUUUGGCUUCUCUGACCAGGUGAAGGAGGCCAUUUUGAACGAUGAAAACUACUGUCCCCCGGAGACUGCCGUGCUGCUGGCAUCCUACUCUGUCCAGGCCAAGUACGCCGACUACAACAAAGACAGCCACAAGCCUGGCUACCUCACCAACGACAGACUGCUGCCACAGAGGUGAGUGGCCAAUGCCCAGAAGCAGGGAUAUAAUGGAGUCAUGCACCAUCCACAUACUAACAAGGAAUCCUAUGUUUGUUCUCUCCCAGAAUGUUUUUUUGAUAUCCUCUGGAAUGUUCUAUGUUGUGUAGAGUCCUGGAGCAGCACAAGCUCACAAAGGAGCAGUGGGAGGACAGGAUACAGACCUGGCAUGAGGAGCACAGAGGCAUGCUCAGGUCUGUGUGGUUUCCUUCUGUCUUUCUCUGUGUUUGUUUGGGAGGGUUAUUGGGAGAGGUGUUUGUCUCGUAGAGGAGAAAAUUGGCCUCUUUUCUGAAUGGUUCCCCACAGCGAGACAUUUCAAUGUCAGAAACGUGACGAUGAUGUGUGUUUCCCCCAGAGAGGACUCUAUGAUGGAGUACCUGAAGAUAGCUCAAGACCUGGAGAUGUACGGAGUCAACUACUUUGAGAUCAAGAACAAGAAGGGGACAGAGCUGUGGCUGGGAGUGGACGCCCUGGGACUCAACAUCUACGAACACGAAGACAAGUCAGUCUCACACUACUACUACUACUACUACUACAGCUAUAUCAACUAUGGCUGGCCCUAUUGGAAAUCUACUGUUAAACUACAUACUGUAAUGAUAAUCAAUGUUGAAUCAGAUUUAGCCUAGUUGUACUACUUUACAAACUCUACUUGGUGAGUGUUGGGGUGAAUGAAAGAUGUCCAAGAAGGAAAGAGAGUAAGGGAAGGUGGAAUACAUGUUAUUUUUAGCAGUAGAGGAGGGAGGGGUGGGGGAAGAGUUACAGUGGGGUCUGUUCCUCUUCCUGUCUUCCUCCCAUUCGACGAUGGGACACGACUGUGACACGGCUUUCACAUGGUUUCCUGUCCUGCCACUCAGACCAUUCCCUUUCCUCUCCCUACUGACCUCAGAUCAGCUGGUAGACAAUAAUGCAGUGCCAAUCUCUUGAGUAGAGACUUGCAUUGGCAGGAUGGAAAUCUGAUCACAGAUCAGUAUAAUAUACAGCAAUUGACUUGGAUUGGAAGUCUCUCGCCUAUCAUUGUUAUCUGCUGGCAGCUUUUAUAGCACAAUAUUUUCCACCCCAAAAUAUAACUUAAUAUUGAAUACUGUCUGUGUGCAUCAAUUACCAAAUAUCAAAAAUGUCCCCCAGACUGACACCAAAGAUCGGCUUCCCCUGGAGCGAGAUCCGAAACAUCUCCUUCAACGACAAGAAGUUUGUCAUCAAACCCAUCGACAAGAAAGCUCCAGUAAGUCUCCCUUUGUCUGAUUUCCUUUAAGGUCCCAAAACAACAAGAUGUGAAGGCACAUAUCCUUUUUUACAGAACAUUUAAGUAGUAGUGAAUUAUACUUAUCAAAUUCUCUGUUGUCAAACAUGGCAAUCUCAUGGUCUAUCCAGCCAUCCUUUCUGUUUUCCCUAAACCCUGUCUCCUGUGUCCCUGUAGGACUUUGUGUUCUACGCGCCGCGGUUGCGGAUCAACAAGCGUAUCCUGGCUCUGUGUAUGGGGAACCACGAGCUGUACAUGAGGAGGAGGAAGCCUGACACCAUCGAGGUGCAGCAGAUGAAGGCCCAGGCCAGAGAAGAGAAACACCACAAACAGCAGGAGAGGUACAGGAGGAACAUGCACACAGAGACACACACACAACUUCUGACGAUACCACCAGAUCAGCACCACUAGAGGGCAGUAUUAGACUGUCUGUAUAUAAAUUGCUAUAUGUUGACAGAAAUGAAAGCAUAUGUAGAGAGAUACAUGUCAUAGCAGGUAUGUUGUAUAUUUGAACCUUUCUAACAAACAACCAUAUCACCUUUUCAGAAUAUUUGGGUGACAUUGACUUUAAAACUAAGAUGUCAUAUGAAUGAUCCAGAGUUUUGAUAUUACAUAUAGACAUUAAAAAGACAUAAUGUACAAUACAUUGCCAUGUCAGUUUGAUACUCUGGACAUUACAGUACACUUCUAAUAAGAUACAAAGUCAGUAUUAAUGAGGAUGAAAAACACACCUAUAUAGUUCUUGGUUGUAAGGGUUCAUUUCAUAGCGGUUAGAUGAGAUAUCCCUUCAUCAAUUCCUGACAGAGCCCAGCUGGAGAACGAGAAGAAGAAACGAGAGCAUGCAGAGAAAGAGAAGGAGAGAAUAGAGCGAGAGAAGGACGAGCUGAUGGAGAGACUGAGGCAGAUCGAGGAUCAGACGAUGAGGGCCCAGAAAGGUAUCAGUCUGCCUCUUCCCACAGCUCCCUUGAUUUUCAACCCACAAACCUUCUUACUCUCUUCCCACAGCUCCCCUGAUUUUCAACCCACUAACCUUCCUCCUCUCUUCCCACAGCUCCCCUGACCUUCAACUCACAAACCUUCCUCCUCUCUUCCCGCAGCUCCCCUGACCUUCAACACACUAACCUUCCUUCUCUCUUCCCGCAGCUCCCCUGAUCUUCAACCCACUAACUUUCCUUCUCUCUUCCCACAGCUCCCCUGAACUUCAACCCACUAACUUUCCUUCUCUCUUCCCACAGCUCCCCUGACCUUCAACCCACUAACUUUCCUUCUCUCUUCCCACAGCUCCCCUGAACUUCAACCCACUAACUUUCCUCCUCUCUCUACUAGUGUAGACACCCUAUAAGGUCAGAUUCAUUCAGCCUUCAUGCAAUAUCUACCCCUCUUAUUUGCCAUAGAGAAUUAGAUAUUAACUUUGUCUUUAAAAUCUUUAUUGUCCCAGGGCAAUAUCAGGUGCAAAUGUUGCACUGCUGCAAAUGCUACGUAAACCUGUCUCUGUCCUCACCUGGAGUGUUUUCAUGGUGUUGAUAUGAUGUGGGCCCUACGUGGGGCUGUUGGUUGGUCAGUGUCAGUCAGUAUGCCAAUGGGACCUGACCCUAUCCUUCUAGACUGGUCCUCACUGCACCACGGUACUAAACUAUCAUCUCUUACUUCUUAUAGGACUGUUCUCAGCACCAGGUAAACAUUAAGUCCACUCAGAAACACUUCUUUAACUCCCUCCCAACCCUACCACCUGAACUUAUAGAAGAGGUGUUUCUGACCCCCCCCUCUAUGUACUCCCCAACCCACCCUGCAUUAGACCCCAGUGUAUCCUGAAUACCGUAGGAUGACAUCCCGCAUUUAUUGCCUUGCUGCAUUGUGGGUAGUCCGAGGUGUCAAAAGCACACUGCAGAAAGUACAUUGUGAUAUGUGUUUGUCUGUGGACAGGAUGUAUGUAUGAACCCCAAACACAGAGCUGUCAGUCCAACACACACAUUGUGUUCCAGUGGUUUAGACUGACUUGGGUGGCGUGUUUGUGUGUUGAGAGAGCGAGACAUCCAUCUUAUAUUCUUUUUGUUCCGUACUGUUUUUACUGUUGUGUGUGUGGGUCCUCUCUCACUUUUUAUAGGCAUUUCCUGUCUGCAUUAUAUAUUUUUUCCUUUGUUGUUGUUCUUAAAGUAAAUCACAUUAUUUGUGAGAUCAUGGCUAACCGAGCCUCCCAUUGGUCACAUUGUAAAAAAUGGUGUGUGCUGCUGGAUAUGGUUUGAGGAAGAAGGAAAGAGAAGGGGUAGGUUUUUUUAUUUUUUUACGGGCUAACAGACUUGAUGUAUUUUGUUCAUGGUCACAGAGUUGGAGGAGCAGACACGCCGGGCCCUGGGGCUGGAGCAGGAGCGGAAGAGAGCGAGGGAGGAGGCGGGGAGGCUGGAGAAGGAGAGAGAAGCAGCGGAGGAGGCCAAGGCAGAGCUGGCCAGGCAGGCCGCAGACCAGAUGAAGAACCAGGAACAACUGGCCGCUGAGCUGGGCGAGUUCACCGCCAAAAUAGCCCUGCUGGAGGAGGCCAAGAGGAAAAAGGAAGAGGAGGCCACUGAAUGGCAGCAGAAGGUAACGACCUCCCUACAUUCUACACUGUCCUGGUUACAAUAUAGACUAUAUAGAAUAUACUGUAUAUAAUCAGUCUGUUGUACUGAAACGUUCUAUAUCGUUGCAGCUUCCUGAAUAAGUCCCAUAACUCACCCGCACUCCUCUUCUCCCUCCCUCCCUCCCUCUCUCCCCAGGCCAUCUCAGCCCAGGACGACCUGGAGAAGACCAAGGAGGAGCUGAAGACCGUGAUGACGAUCCCGUUUGCGCCAGCGGGCGGCUCCACGGAGAGCGAGCACGAGGAGCAGGACGAGAACCACGCCGAGGACGCUGCCGAGCUCUCCCUUGAGGGCGUGAGCGCCCUGGACCUGCGCAGCGAGGAGGAGCGCGUCACCGAGGCCCAGAAGAACGAGCGCCUCAAGAAACAGCUGCAGGUCAGUCACCUCUGACCUCUAACCCCAAGACCUGAUGACCUCAGCAGGCCCUUACCUUAAAGGGCUUUGUUUAGUUGCUGGAUGGCGUUUAAUGUCAUUGAGAGGUUUCAAUCAAUCAACCCUCUCUCUCCCUCUCUCUGCCCCCCUUUCUCCAUCUCUACCCUCUCCCUUUCUCUCCUCCCCUAGGUGUUGAGCUCAGAGCUGGCUGAAGCCAUAGACGACACCAUGAAGACUCAGAAUGACAUGCUGCACGCGGAGAACGUGAAGGCCGGGAGGGACAAGUACAAGACCCUGCGUCAGAUCCGCCUGGGCAACACCAAGCAGCGCAUCGACGAGUUUGAGUCAAUGUGAUCUGGCCUGGGUUCCCCCAUCCGUCCAUUGGCGACUCGCUUUUCGUCAACAACAGGCGCUGUCCCUCCUACACUUCCCCCUUUUCCCCGUACUGAUACCCGCAAAGGUUUUCGAGGGCACGGCCGCCACCGCCUCAAACUUUGCCAAAGCUCUGCCCGCAUCUCCAUCAGGAAUCGCCCAAUCGGGCGCAAGCAAUGCUUUGCACCGUUCCGAAAGUGCUAUUCUCCUUGUAUUGCAAAGAAUACGUCUGUGCUUGGCUUUCAAAUAUCUAAUGUGGAGACUCAAGAAAAACCUAAAUGGGAAAGAUUGGACUUUUAAGCGAACAUGGCCAUGGGAAGCUUUUUUGUUGUUGUUCUUGCCGGUAAGCUAGUAUGCAAUGCUUUAGUAUUACUGACAGUAUUACUGUCUUCAGUUGGACAUAUUGAUGCUGUCUUAUACGUUCAAAACCUUUUUGCUUUUGGUCUGAUCUAUGGUUCUGACAUGUUUUAUUGAAGCCCUGUUUGUUAAGUUCUCUGUUGUCAUUGUAAACUUUGAGGGUAGAUUGGUCCGAGGCUGGAAAACAGACUUGUGUUCGUUAGGGGAUUGAUCCAUUCAGUUAUCACCGGGGGGGUUGACAAUUUCAAAACAUUUAAUUGUUAAAAAAAUUUUUUCCCUAUGGGUGACAGGGUUGACGUGUUAUGCUCGACCCACUCAGUCUUCCACCACAAAAUGGCCAAAAAG